GAGUGAACCUUCAAGCUCCUAUGAAUAUAGUGUACAGCGGCGAGGGCCUGGUUGCGCCUAGCACAUGGAGAGUCAAGGCUAUUUUGGUAUAACACGCCAAACAUAGAGAGAUCAAGGCUAACCACUCGUCCAACAACCAGGAAAUUCUGGCGCGAAAUGCUCCCACGCAUGAAAUUCCGCAACCCCUCCAUCCCCAUGACCGUGUCACGCCACAUAGACCCUCAAGGUCCAUCCACCGCCUCAGCGCCACCCUCCGCAACCCAAACCACACUAGUCCCCGACGCCUCUCGCCCCACACACUCCAUCGACAUCCGCAUGAUGCAACACUCCAAGAUCCGAGAGGAACUAUUGAAGGCCGUCUGUCGAGGUGCCGUUUCGAGGAUGCUGUUCCCACAACAGAUCAUUGAAACAGAUGACAAAAUUUAAAGAGGACACCAAUUCCCAGAAGCUUUACUUCACUAAGAUUGUUGUUAUCCGUCAACUAGCUGCCCACCAAGAGAGCA